CAACAACAAAAAAAAACAACCAUGAUCCACACAAAUCAAGAGCAAAAUGACUACAUCUUCUAUCCCCACAUCCAGACUGGCAAACAAGUAAAAGACUGAGUUGGAACAGGAGGAGACAGGCAUGUACGCCUUGCCUGCAGCUAUGCGUUGCUAUCUCCUUUUUUGAAAGGAAUUUGGCAGUGUCUAUUGACAUUAAUAAUAUCCAACUCUGUGACCCAGCAGUCCCACUUCUAGGAAUGCUGCCUAGAGAAAGUGUCCAUUCUCACUGCAAAUACAUACAGAAAUGCACAGCGGUGAAAACAAAGGAUCCGAAGCCCAUCCCUGGAGUGCUGGCCAUAGGUAGGGGGCAUCUGUCCCCUGUGGAAUAUUAUGCAUCUCUUAAAAAGAGAAGAGUGAGUUUGUGUGGCUAAUGUCCGUCUGCAGCCUCACAUAUGUUGCUGUGUAAAUAAAGCAGGAGGAGGAGCCCUUAUCUCUGUGUACGUUUGACAAAAUUCCUGCAGCACUGCAGAAUUCUGCUAGGUGCCAGGUGUGCUGGGGGUAAGGUGGCAGCCAAUGAGAGGAAAGAGCCCGAGUCCUGCUAUUGCAAAGACAGCACCCUGAGCAAGCCACCAACCACCCCAAGUGAUUAACAGCAGGACAGAAGCGUCUCCAGAAAUGGGGCACUGGGGACAGGAACACAGGAGUUCCAGGCUGAGGGCAAUGGGUAGGUACCCUGAGGAACAGACCCUGGGGCAAAGACGGGUGGGGCAGGGUGUGGUUGCUACAGCUGGACUUUACCUCUUCCCUCAUUCACUUUUUGGCCUGCAUCAAACUCUUCUGAGUCAGCAAGCCUCAGUCCAAUAAAACUCAUAAAAAGCCAAGUGGCCCAAGGCUGGCCGGACAGCAGGUGUCCCCUAAGCCUGGAAAGUCUGCACUCUGGGCGCCCAGCCCCUUCCCCAGCUCUGAGAACUAUCUGCAGCUGCCCACCCACCCUAACCCGAAGGCCUGACUGCUGAGCUCGAGUUUCUGUUUGUGGAAACAGAAGAGGCACCCUGGGGGAAGGGGGCUCUGUCUUUGUCACCAGCCCUUGCAGGCCUUGAGAGCCCUUCUCCCUCCCCAGGACCUCUUGCCCAGGCUUCUGCCUCCAUAGGCGAGGGUCAGAUUGCAGGUGAGGUCAAAGGGCAGGGCUGCAGGCUGCCUACCCUUCCACAAGCAGGAGCAGCAGCAAGCCCCUGCCCAGGGGUGGCCCCGGGGUGAGGGUCCGGUCUGGGGCCUCAGCAGUCCCAGCCCUCUGAGGCAGGUCCUUGUGCUCUGUUCGCAGCUGUGCACAGAGGGAGCAGCAGUCUGGUGACAGAGGCACUGGGCCGCAGGUGCAGCUGUCCCUCAAAAACCUCGUGACGCCCACCCUUGGAACACAGACCCAUGCUGCAGGGUGGGGGCAGCAGGGGUAAGAAAGGAAGUGGUCUUCAAGGCCCUCAAAUGUCAAGAUGAGGUCUCUACCAGGCAGGGAAUGCUUGGGCACCUCUGUGGCCCCAGAACAGGUGAGCAGGCAAAGGGGAGGGGAGGGCUGGCCCCUGCCGGGGCAGAGUAUCUCUUCUGCUGACCCAGCCUAGUCCCUCGCUGUGGGCCCCCUGCUCUCUCAGUCCUGCCGGAACUGGUUUGUUGGUGCCUGGACAAGAGGCUGGGUGACAUCACCGGCCAGCUGGUUUAUGGUCCAGGCUCCUCAGAAACACCACUGGUUGCACAUUAACCACAGGACUCGGAAGGGCCCUCAGAGGAGUCCCAGGUCUUUAAUCUGUGGAGUGGGGCCCAGGCCCAGGUACAGGCAGUGCUAGGCUGGGCAAGGCAGGGCCAGGCUCCAGACUGCCCACCCAGACAACCCUCUGAACACUACACCAAUGCUCUAGCCAGCCAGGCACUGCUUCCUCUGGACGCUCUCCUCCCCAGCACUACAGAACCCAAAAGGGGAAGCUCACUGGGGUCAGGAGAGGGGCAGGGGCUGCCCCGAGGCCACAAGGCACAAGGCAGCAGGAAGCCAUGCUGAGGAGAGAGGAGGGAGAUAUCCUCUGUCACCCAGUCCCUGCGGGUGUGUGGGUAGAGCGGCUCCCAGAGGCAUCCUUAGCUUCUCCAAGGCCUCCUCCCUGUCUUUUCCCCCUUUCUUCACACUUGGUAUCACUGUUGUGAAGCCAGGCUUACACAGGACGGUGAGGAGGAUCCCAUGAACUAACACUUAGCUGGACACAUGUAGGCUCAGUUCUUCUUAGGAGAGCUCCGAUACACAAACGCUUCCCUGGGAAAGGCACCCGCUCCUGCAAGGUAAUCAGCAGAACUGGGGGGGCUGGUUCUGCUUGAAGAUUCAGGUUGGAGGCUGGAUGGGAAGCUCUGGGAAGGCUGCCUGGAAGAGGGCAGCGGAGGGGCUGCUGACCAACCCAGAGUGGACAGAGAGGCAAAUGAGAAGCUGGAUCCCAGGGAAACCACCGCUGAGUCAUCUGUCUCCUUGCAGCAGCAGACAGGCUGGGGAAGGGGAACUCCCAGGAGAAGUGGAAAGUCCAAGUCCCAUGGGAGCAAUCAGGGGCUGAUUCAGGCAGGCAAUCAUCAAGGGAGGGAACUGUCUAUGGAACGGUGGUUGGGGAGUGUGGGUGGGGCUGGGUUGUCUCUAGUGGUGACCCACAGGGACAUGAGCCUGGAGUGGAGACUGCCUACCGCCACCUAACUUCCUGAGGCCUCCUAUUCAGGCCCAGCCAGGGUGGGGGAAUGGAAGGAGGUCAGAUGCCUGCCUUCCACCAUAGACUCUGAAGAGCCCAUGGCAGGAGCUGCACCCACUAGAGCUAGCCUGGCCCAGGCAGGGAGGGUUUGGCGUGUUUGGGAAGGAGCUGGCUCUGCAGGGACCUCAGCACCCCCAUUUUAUCGGGCUAGAGUAGCGCUGGGGGCUGGGAGUGUGACUAGUCAUCGCUAGCUGGCCUGGGUUCUCAGGUGGCUAGGUAGAUUAGGAGGGCCCCAUCCCUCUCCAGUCCCCAUGGCUGAGGACAAGCCCUGGUUCUGGGAGCUGGGACUGGAGGAAGACACACCAUGCUUCCCCUCACCCCCACGCCACAGAGGAACCUGCUCUGAACCAGACAUCACAUCUGCUUCCGUUUUCUGCCCAGUUCUCCAGCAGCAGCCCCUGCCCAGCCCCAUCCUGGUGCCCUGCUCUCACUGUGCCUGGGGUACUAGAAGACUCAGACCUGUCCUCCCUCCUGAAGCAGCUCUGCACUCGGGGAACGUGCGCCUGUGAAACAGGCUGACCUAGGACCCCUGGUGCAGGCUGUUCCAGACUGUCCGCCCGUGCACCUCGGGCAGACCCUGGCCACAGCCUUUGGGGACCCCCAUUCCGGCCCUGUGACUCCACUUUCUGAGAUUCAUCCUGGAGACCAAGCAAGGUGUUUCUGGAGCCGUUGGAAAUGACAAAAUGACCACGACCCAGUGACUGGCAACACGCAAGUGUGUACAGAGGACGGCAGCCGGAGAGACCAACAAAUGUCCUCUGCGAGGACGCGAAGGGCAGCUCCGGGCCUCCCAGGAGUCCACGCGGCGCGACGUCAUCAGCGCGCGCCCGGAGCCGGAAGUAGUGGCCGCCGCUGCGCGUAGCGGAGACACGUGUGGAGCUCGGAGCCGGCGCCGGGUCCCUGACGCUUGGCGGACAUUAACAACAUGAGCUUUGUGGCCUACGAAGAGCUGAUCAAGGAGGGUGACACGGCCAUCCUGUCACUGGGUCAUGGUGCAAUGGUGGCAGUGCGAGUGCAGCGCGGGGCACAGACUCAGACCCGGCAUGGUGUCCUGCGGCACUCGGUCGACCUCAUUGGCCGUCCCUUCGGCUCCAAGGUGACCUGCAGCCGAGGUGGCUGGGUGUAUGUGCUGCACCCCACUCCCGAGCUCUGGACGCUGAACCUGCCACACCGCACGCAGAUCCUGUACUCCACCGACAUCGCCCUGCUCACCAUGAUGCUGGAGCUGCGGCCUGGCUCUGUGGUCUGUGAGUCUGGCACCGGCAGUGGCUCUGUGUCCCACGCCAUCAUCCGCAGCAUUGCCCCCACGGGCCAUCUGCACACAGUGGAGUUCCACCAGCAGCGGGCAGACAAGGCCCGGGCAGAGUUCCAGGAGCACCGCGUGGGCCGCUGGGUGACGGUGCGCACCCAGGACGUGUGCCGAAGCGGCUUCGGGGUGAGCCAUGUGGCCGACGCCGUCUUCCUGGACAUCCCGUCGCCCUGGGAGGCCGUGGGGCACGCCUGGGACGCCCUCAAGGUGGAAGGUGGGCGCUUCUGCUCCUUCUCACCGUGCAUUGAGCAAGUUCAGCGCACAUGCCAGGCGCUGGCAGCCCACGGCUUCACGGAGCUGAGUACCCUGGAGGUGCUGCCACAGGUCUACAAUGUGCGCACUGUCAGCCUGCCCCUGCCCGAUUUGGGGGACAGUGUGGGCACCCCUGCAGGCCCAGAUGCCAGCCCCUUCCGCAGCGGCACACCCAUGAAGGAGACUGUGGGCCACACAGGCUACCUGACCUUCGCCACCAAGACCCCGGGCUAGCGAGCCUAGGAGCACUGGGUGUGGGGGACCACAGGGCCAACAGGGAGGCCAGGCCGCCUUAUAUGGUCAGGGGACUCUGUGGGCCUGCGCUUGGAAACGGAUGUAGGGCGGGGCUUGUGGCCUCCUGGGUGGCCCUGGGGAGGAGUGCUGGCUGCUGCUGUCCUCAGGGAGGGAGCCUCCUACCCGUGUCCCUACUGAGCUCUGGCUCUGUCCCACCCUGUUUGUUGCCACUGCGAGGCCUGCACUGCUGCAGGCUCUCCUGGGUGCUAAGGUCAUGUGGUGCAGUUGGGGUGGCAAUGUCUGACCCUGUCUCUGUGGACCCCCGCGGGAAGGUGGUGGAGAAGGGGCGGCCACUGCUCCAGGCCUGUGCUCCCCCGUAGGGGCUGUGGCUGGCUCAGGACUGGGCCAGGGUUUAGCCGCUCGGUGUCCUGGGCUUGGCCAGAAGCCAAGGGAAGCUGACCUGGAGACCCCCUUGCUGUCCUUCCUGUGCUGCCUGACCUCCAGGCCAUGGAGUCUUCUCAUGACCUGGGGCAGGGCCAGCUCCCGCCCGCCAGAGCCCCUGCUGUGUUGUCAGGAAAACCCCACAGCAUUGCAGUGGCUGGGUGGGUCCGAGUCCCCAGCCAGUGUCACCCCAAUCUUAGGUCCCCCUCCUUCUUAUGGGAUCCCUGGGGUGAAGGAGCAGCCCUCCUACAGACAGUGGUGUUGGGCAGGGUACAGUACCUCCCAUAGAUGGACCUUUGUCACCACCUCUUGAAGGGUGAGUGAGCAUUUCCCAAGGGUGGGGGAACAUGGAGGCCAGGACCUAGGGCUGGGCACUGGUGGUCACCCUGCUGCCCAGCCCUGGUGUGUGGUCAGCACACAGGUCAGGCCGGGAGGCAGCCAUCAGGAGCCCACAUGGCUUGUUGGGACUGGAGCCUCAGGUAUCACGUCCCCAUGUCAUGUGGGGCUGGCCCUGACUGUGCCUGACAGAACAAUAAAUGUGCUGCCCACUGCA